UAUCAACUGAAUCUGAAUCUGAAUAUCUGAGCAAAUUUCAUUGGACUAAAACUCAUGCAUUAAUUCGUAUAGAUUUGCAUAAAAGGUUCAAAAUCAUUGACCGAAGGACUUAUGUAAAAUCUGUUUCCGCAUCCUUGGUGACCAUUGUUCAAGCAUCUACUCAGUUGGAGGGUGCAUAUAGCCUCAUUCAAUAAAACUACAGAUUAGUAUACCUAAACCGUCUGUGAUUCUCAGCUGGUAAAUGGACGUAAGCGUGAAAGUUGGAGUUCGUGUCCGACCGCUCUCGGAAAAUGAAGUUAACGAUGGCUGCUGUACGUGCCUAUCAUAUCCUCUUGAAGAAAAUCAGCUAAUAAUUGGCAAUGAUAAACUCUUUGGCUUCGACUUCAUUUUCAAGGAAACAGAUUCUCAGGAAUAUGUUUACAAGAAAGCAGCACUUCCAAUGGUUGAAAACAUUCUUAAGGGAUAUAAUGCUACUUUAUUUGCGUAUGGUCAAACUGGUAGUGGGAAAACAUAUACAAUGGGCACAUAUGUUAGUGAAAACUUGUCUGAAAAUUCUGUUGGCAUUGUUCCGCGGAUUAUUAAAGACUUGUUCGACAGGAUGCCAGAUUGUGAAUACGAAUACACAGUGAAAGUUUCAUUUCUGGAGAUAUAUAAAGAAGAUAUACACGAUUUACUGUCGGAAGAUGCGUCCGCCUGCUUGCAGAUUCGUGAAGAGAAUCAGCUUGUGAAGAUCCCAGGACUAACCGAGACACUGGUUACCUGCCCAGAGGAAGUUUUAAAUCUCCUUCAGUCUGGUUCAGCAAAACGGAGCGUUGGGAGUACUGCUAUGAACAUGAAGUCGAGUCGAAGUCAUGCCAUAUUAACGCUGAGCUUUUUAUUGCGACCCAAGGUUACCGAGUGUAGUGUUGAAAGUACGGAAGAUACAUUAACAGCGAAAUUGCAUUUGGUUGACUUAGCUGGUUCUGAACGUCUUAAAAAAACACAUGCUGAAGGUGAUAGGCUUAAGGAAGGUAUUGAUAUAAACAGGGGUCUACUUGCUCUGGGCAAUGUAAUAAGUGCAUUAUGUGAAAGGGAUUCAAAAAAGCGAUCACAUAUUCCAUAUCGUGAUUCUCGUUUAACUCGUCUACUGCAAGAUUCAUUAGGUGGUAAUAGUGCAACCUUAAUGCUUGCUUGCGUCAGUCCUGCAGAUAUGAAUAUGGAGGAGACUCUAAAUACACUCAGAUAUGCUGAUCGAGCACGUUUAAUCAAAAACAAGCCAAUAUUGAAUCGUGCUGAUCCUAAAGAUGCUGAGUUGGCUAGAUUGCGUACUCUAGUUGCACAGUUGCAAUCACGACUAACCAAUGGAUCAUCAUUCCCAUUAUUAAGUCCAUGUGCAAAACUUAUUAAACCAAUAUCGUCCUCAGUUAACUCCACUACUACUAGUAGUACUGCUAGUAGUGGUAGUAGUCAUUUCUCUUCUGAAAUAAUAACAAGUCUUUUGGAUAAAACUAAAAAACUAGAAAGUGAGAAACUUCAACUUUGUGAAGAAUUGGAUCGUUCAGUUGAAAAAAUUAAGGAGUUAUACAAAGCGAAUUUUGACUCAUAUAAUCUACGUGAUGAGCUGCUCAUUGAAUAUCAAAAAUUGGAAUCUGUUCUCAAUUCUUUGAAACAGCUAGUUGAGGAUAAAUUAAGCGAAAAUCCUGAAUUAAUGUGUUGUAUUCAAGAGUUGGAGAGUAUUCUUGCUAAAGUGAAAAGCCUGUCACCUACUGAAUCGCAUAAAAUUACAAACGAUGAUUUAGAGCAUGCCUAUAAACAGUCUACUGAUCUGCUAGCAGAAGUUCGCUCAGAGAUUACAGGUUUAGAUACAGAAGACGAAGAAUUCAAUGGGACGACAUUAGAGAAUACUGAAGUAAAUAUGGACAAUAAUGACGAUGGUAAUGAUAAUAUUAAUUGUGCUUCCGAAACAGUGAGCACUUUAACUACCAAAACGCAAGGUAUGGAUCGAUGGGGUUCUGAGCUACGUGCACGUCGAAUUGAAUGUAAACAACGUAUUGAAACUAUUGAGGCGACAAUUCGCCAGAAAAAUGAUCUUUUAGCUAGUUUAGAAGCUGCAGCUGAACAAGGCGACGAAUCAUAUUGUUUACUAUUACAAAAGUAUGAAUCACAAGUGCGUGAAUUGGAGUCACGAAUAUCUGAUUUAGAGUUGGAAAAAAGUCGGCUACUAGCUGAGCAUAGUAGUGAAGAAUCAAAAGAUACUAAGAGUCAAAAAGAGAAUCGUUUAAGGGCUAUGGAACAAGAAUUAAUACAAACACGACGUCAAUUAACUGAAUUAUCCCGUUUGAAAAAAGCUAAAGAAGCCAGAGAAACAGAAUGUAUAAGAUUACGCAAUGAAAUACAAUCAUUAAAAACACAAAUGAUUCGUUCAGCUAAACAGUUAAGAGAAGAAAGUGCUGCUUACAGAAAAUGGCGUAAAGAAAAAGAGAAUGAGGUGAGACGACUUCAAGAGCAUGAUCGUCGUCUGCAGUGUGAAAUGUCACGUUUGGUCUCAGCCCAUGAACGUCAACAAGCUGUACUGAGGCGUCGUAUUGAAGCCGCAGCAGCUGCUGAACGUCGCCUCAAGGAGUUGUUGUUGCGUCAGAAAGAUGUGAAACAAGAACGUGAUAAACGUCCAUCUGAAAUUAAUAAUCCUAAAAGUAAAUUCGAUUUCGCGGCACGUGUUCGAAGUUGGGUCAAGAUGGAUUUGGAUAUGCAUGUCAGUGUGGCAUCCGUAAGAUAUCACCUGACUAAUCUAAUAGAUUCACGUAAAAUGCUUUGUGAUCAACUGCGUACCAUCGAAAGCAAGAUAGAAGCUUGUCAACAAGACAAUGAACCAUACGAUAUGUAUGUCAAUGAAAUGAACAGUCUCACAGAGACAAUUCAAUCACAAACACAACAGAUAAGUGAUCUUCAACAGAAACUUAUAGAUGCUGGUGAACGAUCAUCAACUGAUGCAGCAGGAGGUGGUGGUGGUGCUGUUUGUGUCAGUGCAUCAGAUCCUAAUGGUCAAGUAUUAUCGUGUCGUAUAGCACAAUUACAUAAUAUUCAAGAAGCACGCAUAGCCUUGAAAUAUUUAUUUAAACAAGCGUCAUCAUCUGAAGUAUCGAAGAUUAAUUUAGAGGCACAAUUGUCCGAGAUGGACACACAAAUGACUACAUUGAAGCGAGAAAUGGAAAAUUUACGUGAAAGUUUUUCAACAGAAUUGUUAAAAUCUGAAACAACUUGCUGUGACCUGAAAGAACAGCUGCAGUCGAAGGAUAAAUCCAUUGAACAAUUGAAAAAUCACAAUAGCAAAUUACAGAAAGCGCUACAGGUUGCGCUUACUUCCAGUCUAAAUGCAUGCACAGAUACUGGCCCUCCAGUGACACCUUUAAUCAAUAAAGCUAGCAGUUAUUCAAAUACAGAGGAUUAUAUAAAAGAUAUCGAAUCGCAUUGUCAAGUGACUAGUAAAUACGUAGAACAAUUACAAAAGGAAAAUGCUCAACUACGUGAAUUAAUUACUAUUCAACGUGAAAACUUAGCAGGAGUGAAUUUGCAAUUGAGUGAAUUAUUAAAUUCUCGACAGCCUGGUACACCAGUACUUCGACAAAGUCAUAAUCAUAAUAAUAUUAAUGAUACCUUCAUUUUAUCAUCAAAUAAUACUAGUGGUGAUGAAAAUUCGAAUGGACGACGCAUAAAGAACAAUGAACGUAAUACAUCACCUGAUUUUACUACUAAUAAACGUUCACCUAUCAGUUGUAAUGCGACUGAUUUCGAUGAACCUGAUAGUAAAGUUAGAAAAUCUGAAAGUGAAUGGAAUCCUAAUUUCAAAGCAGGAGAAGAAGAAGAAGAAAACACUAAUCCAACUGUCAAUGAUGACUCACAUCAACGUCGAUGUAAAUGUCGUGGAAAUUGCCAGUCACGAUGUAGUUGUAAACGUUCUGGUCGUCUGUGUACUCCAGCGUAUUGUCAGUGUGUUCCUGGCAUAUGUCAAAAUCGUUCCACACCACCGACAACGACAUGCUGCUGA